AUGGAGUUCACCACCACCGGACAGCUGAACGAAGCUGAUGAUUGCGGGCGGACAGACGGCAUUCACAUCGACAUGGAGAGAUUAAAGAAGGGAGAGGUCAACCUUGGAACCUCAAUUAUGGCAGUCACCUUCAAGGACGGUGUUAUUCUCGGUACGUCAGAUUUACCCAUACAUGUCUUCCCAAACGCAUACGCCCCCACGGCGGCCACUGUAGACAUUGGUGCUGAUUCCAGAACAACGACGGGCGCCUACAUUGCCAACCGAGUCACCGACAAGCUCACACAAGUCCACGACACCAUCUGGUGCUGCCGGUCAGGCUCCGCCGCCGACACCCAGGCCGUCGCCGACAUUGUCCAGUACCAGCUCGGCCUGUACGCCAUGCGCAACGGAAAGCCUCCCAUGACCCAGACCGCCGCCGCCAUCUUCCAGGAGGUCUGCUACGCCAACAAGGAUCGCUUGACCGCCGGUCUCAUCAUUGCCGGCUGGGACGAGCGACACGGCGGCCAGGUCUACUCCAUCCCCCUCGGCGGAUCCCUACACAAGCAGUCAUAUGCCAUUGGCGGCUCGGGUUCGACGUACAUUUACGGAUACUGUGACGAGCACUGGAAGGAGGGCAUGGAGGAGAAGGAGGCCGUCGACUUUGUGAAAGGAUCGCUCAAGGAGGCCAUCAAGUGGGAUGGCAGCUCUGGUGGUGUCAUUCGCAUGGUCGUCCUGACCGCCAAGGGCGCCGUGCGGCAUCUGUACCUACCCGAUGAGGACUACAAAGUGCAGCACUAG